UAUCAAUUUUAUUAGCUACGGUAUGCUCAAAAAUAAUCAUCCCAAACAUUUCAAAAUAGAUAAGGAAACAGACAAAAUGAGUCAAAAUGAAUGUACACUAGUAGUGUGUAUAAAAACCACGACAUUGCGUCUGCCCGUUUGUUAUAUUUGAGCAUUUUUCACUAAUGAUGUUCAAAAGUAAUGGAAUAAUUUCACAAGAAACGUUUAACUAUUAAUGCGUGACUAAUUAGUGGUUUAUAUAAUAUAUAAUGGUUGCUGAUAAAGAUCGUCGCCCUUGUGCGCUGAAGGUGGAGACGUCAAAAUGAAGGCACUUCUAUUAUUUUUAACCUUUGUCCUUGUGCUCGUAGGGACAGUUCACUGCAGCUUAGCUCCCUUCAUUAGGCCAUGCUACGCAGAAGAUAGGGCAUGUUUGAAGUCGUCUGCUCAAGCAGCCGUUGCAGUGGUGGCGGCAGGUCUGCCGGCAUUGGGAGUAGAGCGAAUGGACCCGAUGUAUCUCGAACACGUGUCGGCCAGCCAAGCCGGGCUGAUUAUGGAAUUCAAUAAUACCCAAGUACGAGGAUUGAGACACUGUCGCGUGCUCGAUUUACAACGUGCAGGUCCUCGGAUGACGGUGCAGCUCCAGUGCAGUGUGGUACUGACGGGGUAUUAUGUGCUCAGUGGCAAGUUGCUCAUCUUUCCCAUACAGGGCAGUGGCCCCUACAAGAUCACAAUACGUGACAUAGUUGUGAAGGUUAGCUUGGAGACGGUGGAGCGUAAGAAAGGCAGCGAGCGGUACUGGUCGGUGGUGAGUUGGAAGCACACGGCCCAUGUCCUUACGAGCGUCGGCUAUCAUUUCCAGAAUCUAUUUAAUGGCGAUGAAGCACUGGCCCGACCAGUAACCCAUUUCGCAAACAAGAACUGGCGGGAUAUAUUCACGGAAGUGUCACCGCCCAUCGUCUCUGCUAUCGUCGGUCGCAUCGUGCAACAAACUGCUCACCUCUUCGAUAAAGUGCCUCUUACUCAACUUUCGUUGGAAUGACAAACCAAAUAUUAAAUAUUCGAAGUCA